AUCGAUCGUCUGCAGGAAGUACAUCCAGGAUUUUUUUCUUUUUGCAUUUUUUUUUGUUUGAGUGACAGCUGAGUGCCUAGUGACAGUCCACACGGGACGGCGUCCAACGCGCACACCCGAGCCGAUACUCAACAUGGCAGGUCUAUCUUUAUACUUUGAAGACAGCCAUGACGAUCUAGAUGAUUUUGGAUUCGAUGACUAUGGAUCAGAAUGCGACAGCAUCCGCAUCACGGCCUUCCUCGACGCAGGCCAGGACAACUUGACGCCACUCGGGAGGCUAGAGAAGUACGCCUUCAGCGAGAAUGUUUUUAACAGGCAGAUCGUGGCUCGCGGGCUGCUCGAUGUGCUUCGUGAUUACAGCAAUAAUGAAAAUAACUUCAUCACUGUCAUGGAGACAGUUGCCAGAAUGUCAGAAGAUGGAGAGCCGACCGUGCGAGCCGAGGUGAUGGAGCAGGUCCCCAACAUUGCCAUGUUUUUACACGAGAGUCGGCCCAACUUCCCAGCCGCCUUCUCCAGAUACCUAGUACCCAUUGUAGUCCGGUAUCUCACCGAUCCCAACAACCAGGUACGAAAGACCAGCCAGGCGGCGCUGCUGGUGCUGCUGGAGCAGGGCCUCAUCUCAAAGACCGACAUGGAGACCAAAGUUUGUCCAGUUCUGCUGGAUCUCACAGAACCCAGCAGCGAUGACGAUUACAAAAUCGAGGCGGUUGCUAUUAUGUGUAAAGUGGUGACCAUGCUGAGCAAAGACACAGUGGAGCAUCUCUUACUGCCACGCUUCUGCGACCUGUGCAGCGACGCCAGACUCUUUCAAGUGCGCAAGGUCUGCGCAGCCAAUUUUGGAGAAUUCUGUUCAAUUGUGGGGCAGGAGGCCACAGAAAAAUUACUGAUUCCCAAGUUCUUCGACCUGUCCUCUGACAGCCUGUGGGGCAUCAGGAAAGCCUGCGCCGAGUGCUUCAUGAUGGUCUCCAAUUCUACCUCACCUGAGGUGCGACGUGCAAAGUUGUCUCCCCUCUUCAUCAGCCUCAUCAGCGACCAGUCCCGCUGGGUGCGUCAGGCUGCUUUUCAGUCUCUGGGCCGUUUCAUCUCCACCUUCGCCAACCCGACCAGCGCAGGCCUCCACUUCAGAGAGGACGGCGGGUUACUCGAUGUUUCCAGGUGCACGUCAGACAGCGACUGCUCCUUGAAUUCCCUCAACUGCGCCGACAUCACCAGCCGCCGCACGGAACGAACAAUCGCCCACACGCCUCCCAACCAAGAUGGCCGUGCCACGCCGUCGCCGGAACACGUCCCGGCGGCUGAGGAGAUGAACUACGACGACGACAACAACCACAGCUUCGCUCACGGAGAGGCGCUCGACAGCUUAGCGCAUGUCAGCAACAACGCCAGGAACGCUAAAGAGGCGACGCAAGCGGACGAGAACUUCAACUCCUUCCACUUCUGGAGGCCUCCUCUACCGGACAUCAGCGGCGAACUGGAGCUGCUCAGCUGUCAAAUGGGGGACGGGAUUGAGAAGAAGAGGAAAGAAGCGGAAGAUUUCGGAAGCGCUCCAGAUUCCAAGGCCAGCCCUACUAAGCCUACCAGCGACCAGAUCCAGAUGGUGUUAGACAGUUUACAGCCGCACACGGAUGACCCGGAUGUCCAAGCUCAAGUUCAGGUCUUGUCAGCGGCUCUGAAGGCCGCUCAGCUCGACAGCCCGUCCGACGACAGUCCCACGGAAAGCCGGCCGACGGAGCCGCCCGCUGACAUCGACCCCGCCAGCCCGCCCGUUGAGAGCAAAUCGGUGGAGGUUCCCUCCGAGGUCCAGGAGUGUCUCGCUAAGGAGGAGCAGACGACAGAAAGCCUUUCAGCCGCUGAGACGUGCCCAAUCCAGGAGCAAGGAGAUGAGGAGACACAAACGGAACCCUUGUUGGAUCAGGAAGAAUCUCCGCCCGACUCUCCAGUUCUGGUGUCUAAAUUAAUUGAAAGUGUGGAGGAGGAGAGAAAAGAAGACUCGGUGUGUGAAGACAAGCCAAAAAUCCAGAAUGUCAUCCCCCAGCAGUUGCUGGAUCAGUACCUCUCCAUGACCGACCCGGCACGGGCUCAGACGGUAGACAUGGAGAUAGCCAAGCACUGCGCCUUCAGCCUGCCGGGCGUGGCGCUCACUCUGGGCCGACAGAACUGGCACUGCCUCAAGGACACCUAUGAAGCGUUGGCCUCUGAUGUCCAGUGGAAAGUGCGUCGCACGCUUGCCUUCUCCAUCCACGAACUGGCGGUCAUCCUGGGGGACCAGCUGACGGCGGCAGAUCUGGUUCCCAUCUUCAACGGCUUCCUCAAAGACCUGGACGAGGUCCGCAUCGGUGUCCUCAAGCACCUCUACGACUUCCUCAAGUUGCUCCACGCGGACAAGAGGCGAGAAUACUUGUACCAGCUGCAGGAGUUCAUGGUGACCGACAACAACCGCAACUGGAGGUUCCGAUACGAGCUGGCAGAGCAGCUGAUCCUGAUCAUCGAGUUGUACAGCCACUACGACGUGUACGACUACCUCAGGCAGAUCGCGCUCACGCUCUGCUCCGACAAGGUCUCGGAAGUCAGGUGGAUCUCCUACAAGUUGGUGGUGGAGAUCCUGCAGAAGUUGUACUCCAGCGGUGCCGAUGAGUUGGGGGUGAAUUUUAUCAACGAGCUCACCGUCAGGUUCUGCCAUUGCCCCAAGUGGGUGGGACGGCAAGCCUUCGCCUUCAUCUGCCAGGCGGUGGUGGAAGAGGACUGCAUGCCCAUGGAGCAGUUCGCCCAGCACCUCCUGCCCAGCCUGCUCAGGCUCUCGUCAGACCCGGUGGCCAACGUGCGGGUGCUGGUUGCCAAGGCCCUGCGACAAAGCGUCAUGGAGAAAGCCUACUUCAAGGAGCCGGGCUGCGCCUCCUCGGACGAGCUGGAGGAAACGGUCAUGGCGCUCCAGUCGGACAAGGACCGCGACGUGCGCUUCUUCGCCAGCUUGGACCCCGGCAAAGGCCUGACCGCGGACACGGCGCCGCUCAUCUAGCCUCCGGACCGCCCACCCCGCUCUCUUUUUACCAGCACACCCAAACCGGAGCCUCCCCCACGACUCGCCUAACCUCACCUCGCAACUGCUAACGGAAAAGCACGAACCCGCACCGCUUGGUCAGCGGCGGGAUACGUCACACAAAAGCAGUUUUCAGGAAAUGAGCAGGACUCAAUUUUUUUAUUUUUGUUUUUGUUUUUUUUCCGCACACUAACAAGCUUGACUCUCCAAAACUGAGUUUGGUUAACUCGGUUAACUUUUUUUUUUUGUACUUUAUCGGCUUCUUUUUUUUUUUUUUGAGCAUCUUAAAGGAGCAGCUGGCGUCUGCCUCAACCAUUCGACGCUCGCAUUAAACUCAGGGGGACUCGAGCUACUCGCUGCCAUUUUAGACCCGACACACCUACCACCACCCCCACCCCCACCCUCCUCCGUUUUACCAAAACUACAGAAAAAAAAAUGUGACACGGACGACGACAAAAUUACCUCCUGGACACAGCUGGCCUCCGUUUGGUGAUCUUAAAAAAACAAAACAAAAAAAAAAAAGAAAAAUCUCACAAGGGCUGGAGCACAUUUGUACCCCCACAAAAUCCAUUUUUUUUUGUGUACAGUCUCUCCGGUGAAGCGUCAGUGAAUCUAAUUGAGCGCUUGUACAGUAAGUAGCAUACAAGACUGGAAGGUAUCGCCGCAUUAUGGACCCCCCACUUCCUCGUAGUGGAACGAUCCACUUUCGCGACUUCCGCCUCCAUUUUUUUGUGUACAGUUUUGAAACCUGUGGAUGACGCGCGACGUGACGGAACCAUGGCCAGUGGAGUGAGGGUUUUGUAUUGGGGGGGGUGCCCUCGUCAGUCCUUGUCACUUGUAAAUGUUUUUUUUUUUGGAUGGGGGGGCUGAUUACAUGCAUACGUUUGACUUGAGAGCAUAUUGCGUUCACGUGCCGCGGUUACGGCGGCGUCGACUCAUCUCGUCUACAUGUUGUUGUUCAUCUCUUUUUUUUUUUUUUUUUUAAAUGUAGAACAGUUAAUAUAUACUGUACAUUUUAUCGGAAAUUAUUUUUAUUCCCAAUUAUGCACCGUUCAAAGAUUUUAUAUCCUAACUUUACAAGAUUUACAGACCUUUUGUAAUAUUCAAUGAUUUUUUUUUUCUUUUAAAAAGACAUUUUAUGUAAUGUUAUUUUUAGUACUCUGUAAUUAAAAUGACGACGUUUACACUUUG